AUGACAAGUGUUGUUAUACUGGCUGUGACGGUAUUGGUGAUUCUGGGCUUCGCUAAUGGGGAAGACCCAUAUAGAUUCUUUACGUGGAAUGUUAGUUAUGGUGAUAUUUACCCACUUGGCGUUAAGCAACAGGGAAUAUUAAUUAAUGGUCAGUUUCCAGGGCCACAGAUUGAGACCGUCACUAAUGAAAAUUUAAUUGUCAGUGUCUUCAAUAGCUUGGAUGAACCUUUUCUACUCUCUUGGAAUGGCAUACAACAGAGAAGGAACUCUUGGCAGGAUGGAGUCUAUGGCACGAACUGUCCUAUCCCACCGGGACAGAAUUUUACUUACAUUCUCCAAGUCAAAGAUCAAAUCGGUAGCUUUUUCUAUUUCCCGUCACUGGCCUUUCACAAGGCUGCUGGAGGAUUUGGUGGCAUAAAAAUCUUCAGCCGUUCUGUGAUACCAGUUCCUUUCCCUCCACCUGCUGGAGAUUACACCAUUCUGGCUGGUGACUGGUUCAGGCAAAACCACACAGAUUUGAAAGCAAAUCUAGAUAAUGGACUAAAUCUUCCCUUCCCUGAUGGACUUCUCAUAAAUGGUCGUGGAUCAAACGGCAAUACAUUUACAGUGGAUCAAGGCAAGACUUACAGAUUUCGCAUAUCAAAUGUCGGGCUCAUGACAUCUAUCAAUUUCCGAAUCCAGGGUCACAAGAUGUUGUUGGUCGAGGUUGAAGGGACACAUACAUUGCAGAACACCUAUGAGUCUCUUGACAUUCACUUGGGCCAGUCCUACUCUGUUCUGGUCACUUGUGAUCAACCUGCACAGGAUUAUUACAUAGUCGUCUCAACACGUUUUACAUCACAAGUGCUUACAGCAACAUCCAUUCUUCACUACAGCAACUCAGCAUUAAGUGCUUCUGGUCCUCCUCCUGGUGGGCCCACAACUGAGAUUGAUUGGUCUCUCAAUCAGGCAAGAUCCAUCAGGCAAAAUUUAACUGCAAGUGGGCCUAGACCUAAUCCCCAAGGCUCUUAUCACUAUGGACUGGUGAACACUACCCGCACAAUCCGACUGGCAAAUUCUGCUCGAAGUAUCAAUGGUAAACAGAGGUAUGCUGUCAAUAGCGUAUCGUUCAUCCCAGCAGAUACACCACUUAAACUUGCGGACCAUUUCAAUAUUCAAGGGGUAUUCAGCCUUGGAAGUAUCCCAGACAGUCCCACAGGUUCCGGGGGUUACCUUCAGACUUCAGUCAUGGCUGCCGAUUUCAGAAGUUUUGUUGAGAUUGUGUUUGAGAACUCAGAAGACACAGUGCAGUCAUGGCACAUCGAUGGCCACAUAUUCUUUGUAAUGGGGAUGGACGGUGGGCAGUGGUCACCUGCAAGCAGAUCAAGUUACAACUUGAGGGAUGCAAUUUCUCGAUGCACCAUUCAGGUGUAUCCUGGCUCGUGGACUGCCCUAUAUAUGCCUCUUGACAACGUGGGAAUGUGGAACGUAAGAUCUGAGAACUGGGCUCGGCAAUACUUAGGCCAGCAGUUCUACCUUCGUGUAUAUUCGCCAGCAAAUUCGUGGAGAGAUGAGUACCCCAUCCCGAAGAAUGCACUCCUAUGCGGUCGGGCAUCUGGUCGUAAAACCAGGCCUUUAUAG